AUGGGAAACUGCAUACUGAAAACUGACGAUUGUGACACGACGAUUUGCUUAAAUCCUCAUCAAUUCGAUUUCCAUUAUCCAAUUGGUAGGAGCUCUUUUAGCAAAGUUUGGAAAGUCACCCAGAAAAAUUCAAAGCAAGUGCUAGCUUUGAAGGAAAUUCUAAAAUCAAGAGUAGUAGCACAAAGACACGUUAACUCUACCCUAAAUGAAAAAGAGAUGCUAAGCAUCUUACGUCAUCCAUUUAUGACUAAUAUGCACCAUGCUUUCCAAAACCAUAGCCAUCUUUAUCUUACUAUGGACUUCAAGCAUGGAGGCGAUUUACGGUACCAACUUCUAAAACAUAAAUUUGUUGAGGAAGAAGCCAAAUUCAUCAUUUCAUGCGUAAUCAUUGGCUUGGAAUACGUUCAUUCCAAACAAAUCAUCCAUAGGGACUUAAAACCAGAAAAUUUGCUUUUUGACGAAAAAGGGUAUGCAUAUUUAUCAGAUUUCGGGGAAGCAAAAAUAUGGGCCCAAGAGAACUCAAAUGAUGUAUCAGGAACUCCUGGAUAUAUGGCUCCAGAAGUUCUUUGCCAGCAAAACCACUCUUAUCCUGCAGAUUGGUUUGCCGUCGGUGUUAUCUUACAUGAAAUCAUUACGGGUUCCAGACCUUUCCCAGGAAAAAAUUUAAAAGAAGUUAAAGAAAAGAUCUUAGAAAGUCAAGUGCAAUUAAACGUAGACACUUUAUCCACUUCUUGGUCUAAAGCAUGCGAAGAUUUUGUAAAUCAAUUAAUCCAAACAAACCCUCAAAAUAGACUUGGGUUUAGAGGGGUUGAUGAAAUAAAAAAUCAUCCAUGGCUAAAGGAUGUAGAAUGGGAUAAAGUUCUUAAAAAAGAAGCUAAUCCGAGAUUUGUCCCUAAGAGAGGGAACAAUUUCAAUAGAGAGUAUGUAAGCAAAGACUGGAGUGAUGGGAUUAAGCCAAAAUGCGAUUUUAAACAAGAGAUGUUUGCAGGCUACUUUUAUGUGGAGAUGCCUCACUCUCAGAAUGUAGAUAAUAGCCAGAGCACAAAUAUGAGAAAUAAAAGCUCUUUUGUUCAGCCUCAUAUUCAAAGUGGAAGUUCGAGCAAUCAAAGGGCAAGAGGAAAAAGCUCUGUGCGUGUGGAUAAAAAUAUUUAA